CAGUGUCACUCCUCAGAAUGAACACAUGUAGAAAUGUGCCUGCACAGACACCGACGUCAGAGGACUGGCAGGUCUCAGGGAGCGUUUCAAGAAGAUUCUGACUGAUCGAGCCUCCUGAGAGAAACUUUGGCGAACUUCUGCAGCAAGCAGCGAACUUUGCUGUGAUUUGAUUCCGGCUCCCAUCACUUCUUUUCUUUUUUAAAAUUCAGCCACAAAGUCGAACGGCCUCUCCUGACCUCUUUCGGGAUCCUUUACCCCCCACACACGGAUUUUUCAAUUAACAUCGGUUUUGGACGUACUUUGAGUGGAUAUGAUGCCUCCGAUCGGAUCGGAGAAGCGGGCUGCGCUCUGCCGGGUUUGGGCUCUGGCUUUUGCGCUGCUGGCGUGCGUUGCUUCGGUGACUGGAUGCCCACACAAGUGCAGCUGCUCCGGGUCGCAUGUGGACUGCCAGGGUCUGGGUUUGAAGACUGUGCCUAAAGGAAUACCGAGGAAUGCCGAGCGCCUGGAUCUGAACAGAAACAACAUCACCAGAAUCACUAAAGUGGACUUCUCUGGCAUCAAGAACCUCAGGAUUCUUCAUCUGGAGGACAACCAAAUCAGUGUUGUUGAGAGAGGAGCCUUCCAAGACCUCAGACUGCUGGAGAGACUUCGCCUGAACAGAAACAAACUCCAGUUCCUCCCAGAGCUCCUCUUCCAGUCCAACCCUAAACUAGGCCGACUAGACCUCAGCGAGAACCAGAUCCAGGCGGUUCCGAGGAAAGCUUUCAGAGGAAUCACGAGUGUCAAGAACCUGCAACUGGACAGCAACCACAUCAGCUGCAUUGAAGAUGGAGCUUUCCGAGCGCUGCGCGAUCUGGAGAUUCUCACCCUCAACAACAACAACAUCACCCUCAUCCCCCUGUCCAGCUUCAACCACAUGCCCAAGCUGCGGACGCUGCGUCUGCACUCCAACAACCUCCACUGUGACUGUCACCUGUCGUGGCUCUCUGACUGGCUCCGAGCCAGGCGGGGCUUGGCUCCCUUCACCCAGUGCAUGGCCCCCGCCCACAUGAGAGGCCUGAAUGUCCCAGACGUGCAGAAGAAGGAAUUUGUCUGCAACGGUCCAGCACAGACAGAGUCGAGGGCUUGUGUUCCUCAGGUAGCCGUGUGUCCGCCCAGCUGCAGCUGCAACAACAACAUAGUUGACUGUCGUCGUAAAGGUCUCACCGAAAUACCAGCCAACCUCCCCGAGGGCAUCGUGGAGAUUCGUUUGGAGCAGAACUUGAUUAAAAGUGUCCCGGCAGGAGCCUUUUCCACCUACAAGAAGCUCAAGAGGAUUGAUUUGAGUAAGAACCAGAUUUCUGACAUUGCCGCCGACUCCUUCAGUGGCCUUCGCUCACUCACCUCACUGGUGUUGUACGGCAACAAGAUCACAGAGCUGCCCAAGGGAUUGUUUGAUGGACUGGUUUCCCUGCAGCUACUGCUGCUGAACGCCAACAAGAUUAACUGUUUGAGAGUCAACACCUUCCAAGACCUGCAGAACCUCAACCUGCUGUCGCUGUACGACAACAAACUGCAGACGAUCAGCAAAGGACUGUUUGCCCCUCUGCGCUCCAUCAAGACUCUUCAUCUGGCCCAGAAUCCCUUUAUGUGUGACUGUCACCUGAAGUGGCUGGCCGACUACCUGUUUGACAACCCCAUCGAGACGAGCGGAGCUCGCUGCAGCCACCCGAGGAGGCUGGCUAACAAACGCAUCAGCCAGGUUAAAGGGAAGAAGUUCAGGUGCACAGGUCAGGAGGACUAUCGCAGCCGUCUGAGUGGCGAGUGUUUCCAGGAUCUGGUGUGUCCGGAGAAAUGUCGCUGUGAAGGCACCGUGGUCGACUGCUCCAAUCUCAAACUGACCCGUGUACCUCCACACAUCCCCGAGCACACCACAGACCUGAGGUUAAACGACAACGAGAUUGCCGUCCUGGAGGCUGCGGGGACGUUUAAGAAGUUGCCUAACCUGAGGAAGAUCAACCUGAGCAACAACAAGCUGAGGGACAUCCGCGAUGGUGCGUUCGACGGAGCGGGUGGAGUUUUGGAGCUGCUGCUGACGGGGAACAAGCUGACCGGACUGCAGGGACGCAUGUUCAGAGGCCUCGUUGGCCUGAAAACUCUGAUGCUGAGGAGCAACCAGAUCACCUGCAUUGACAACAGCACAUUCACGGGCCUGAGCUCUGUGCGUCUGCUGUCGCUGUACGACAACAAGAUCUCCAGCAUCGCCCCAGGAGCCUUCUCCACCCUGCACUCCCUCUCCACCAUUAACCUCCUGUCCAACCCGUACGUGUGUGACUGUCACUUGGCCUGGCUCGGACAGUGGCUGAAGAAGACGAGGGUGGUCAGCGGAAACCCUCGCUGCCAGAAGCCGGCCUUCCUCAAGGAGAUCCCCAUCCAGGACGUCGCCACCCCAGACUUCACAUGUGACGGUGCUGAGGAUAAUGGUUGUCUUCCUGCGUCUGGUUGUCCUGACGUCUGCACGUGCUCAGACACCGUGGUGCGAUGCAGCAACAGAGGGCUGCACUCUCUGCCCAAGGGCAUUCCCAAGGACACCACGGAGCUUUACCUGGAGGGUAAUAUGCUGACAUCUGUGCCCAAGGAGCUGGCAUUCCUGAAGCAGCUGUCACUGGUGGACCUGAGCAACAACAGCAUCAGCACGUUGGCCUCGUACACCUUCAACAACAUGACUCAGCUAGCCACACUCAUCCUGAGUUAUAACCAGAUCCGCUGCAUCCCGGUCCAUGCCUUUGACGGGCUCAAGGCGCUUCGCCUGCUCACCCUCCACGGCAACGACCUUUCAACCAUACCAGAAGGAGCUUUCAACCACCUCACCUCUCUGUCCCACCUGGCUCUGGGUGCCAACCCUCUGUACUGUAACUGUGACCUGCGCUGGCUCUCUCAGUGGGUCAAGGCUGGCUUCAAAGAGCCCGGCAUCGCUCGUUGUACCGGACCUCCUGACAUGGCCGACAGGCUCCUGCUCACCACGCCGCUCAACAAGUUUCAGUGUAAAGGUCCCGUAGAUAUCAGCCUGAUGUCAAAGUGCGCCCCCUGCCUGGCAGCGCCCUGCCAAAACAACGGCACCUGUGUCUCUGAUGCUACCGGAUCCUACCACUGCACCUGUCCGUACGGAUUCAAGGGUCAGAACUGUGAAAUACCCAUCAAUGCCUGCAUUAGCUUCCCCUGCUCUAACGGAGGAACCUGCCACAUCCAGACCAGCCACGGAGACCACUUCAGCUGUGUGUGUCCACCAGGUUACGAGGGCCAACGUUGUGAAAUAAACCCAGACGACUGUGAAGACAACGACUGUGAGAACAACUCCACCUGCAUCGACGGGAUCAACAACUACACCUGCGUCUGUCCACCGAACUACACAGGCGACCUGUGCGAGGAGGUGGUCGACCAUUGUCUCCAAGGUUUCGAUCCCUGCCAGCACGACUCGAAGUGCGUCCAAGUUGGCCGAAGUUACAGGUGUGAGUGUUUACCGGGCUACGUGGGCCAACACUGUGAGCAGGACUACAAUGACUGUCUGGAGAAUAAAUGUCAACACGGAGCCGAGUGCGUGGACGCCGUCAACGGCUAUACGUGCGUCUGCAAAGAGGGUUUCAGCGGCCUGUUCUGCGAGAACCCUCCACCAAUGAUCCUGCUCCAGACCAGCCCCUGCGACCAAUCGGACUGCCAGAACGGCGCCCAGUGCCUGGUGGUCGCCGGGGAGCCCGUGUGCCGCUGCAUGCCCAGUUUCUACGGCAACAAAUGCGACAAGAUGGCCACGGUUCACUUCCUGGGUCGGGAUGGGUACGUGGAGCUUCCCGGCGCGAAGCUCCGUCCCACGGCUCAUAUUUCACUGCAGGUGGCUACAGAUAAAGACAACGGUAUUCUGCUGUAUAAGGAGGACCAUGACCCGCUGGCGCUGGAGCUGUACCAGGGGCACAUACGACUCAUCUACGACAUCACCAACUACCCACCCACCACUGUGUACAGCGUGGAGUCGGUGAACGACGGGCUUUUCCACACGGUCGAGCUGUUGAUUCAGAACCGCUCGCUGAGCCUCGUGGUGGAUAACGGUGCCCCAAAGAGCAUGGGCAAGCUCGCACGGCAGCCCUCCGUCGACCACAACACCCAGCUUUACAUCGGAGGUGUACCACCCCAGGUGGUGGCCUCAGGUCUGCGACCCGGCCCUGAGCGCUCCCCUCAGACUUUUAACGGCUGCAUCCACAACGUCCGGAUAAACGGUGAGCCUCAAGACCUGAGUUACCGAGCGGCGGGAGGAGCGCGGACACAAGGCUUCGAGGGAAAGGCUGAUGCCAUUCUUCCAGGGUGUCAUUCCUGCAGUGUGUGUGCCCAGGGUCCGUGCAGGGAGGGCGGAGAGACGGGGGUCACAUGUGACUGUCCACCAGGACGCAGCGGGGCUCUUUGUGAUCAGACAACAGCACCGAACCCCUGUCAGAACAGCAGAUGUGCUCAUGGCACGUGUGUGCCGAAGGGUCAGUCCUACAGCUGUAAGUGCAGCGAAGGCUACCAGGGUCAGUACUGCGAUCGACGGCAGGAGCCUCCAGCCUGCAGAGGGAUGCGCUGUGGACACGGGGAGUGUCGCGUGUCAGAAGGAGGAGAGCCUGUCUGCCUCUGUCAGCCAGGAUACACCGGACCCACCUGUGAAGCAGAGUUUAAAUGUCAAGGGGAGAUGGUGAGGGAGCAGCUGAAGCGCCACCAGCCAACGAGAACGUGCACGUCCACCAGCAAGAUCCCCCGCAUGGACUGUCCCCGGUCCUGCCAGGCGGCGGUACCCUCGGGCAUUUGCUGCGGCGUCACCAAGACCAGGAGGAGGAAGGCGGUGUUCCGCUGCACCGACGGCACCUCGUACUCCGAGGAGAUGGAAACCGCUCUGGAAUGUGGCUGCUCCAAGUGCCCGUUGUAACAGCACCAGCAGCAGUUUGUCCUUGUUAGUUUGUUUUUGUUUUUUUUUGCAACACCCACCGCUGCCGUUUUGUGAAUUCUACACGUCAACGAGGCCGUCGCUCUGAGUUUUUGGUUUGUUUUUUUCCUCCACGCUGACGAGCACCAACAUUAUGUGAUUUUUUUGUUUUUUUUAAAAUCUUUUUGUUUCACACAUUCAGUUUGACCGCCGCCAAUUUGCUGCCAAGAAGAAAACCACAAACGAAAAACAAAAAUGGGACGUGGAUGUGUGCGUGUUUUUUUUUUUUUGACAGAGAGAAAAUAUAUUGUAAGAUAUAAGUGAGAAAAAACAUAGAACUUAUUUUUAUUAUGGAUUUUUUUUUCUAAAAGAUGAUAAAAGGACUGAUAAGUUGUUGUUUUUUUUUAAUAUGUUGAUUAUAUAUUGUGUUACAUAGUAUGAAAAGUUAUUUUGUACCUUGUACGGAGUAAAAAUACACAGCAAAAUAGAUUAACAUUCCUUAAAAAGUAUAUGAAUUUAUAUGUAUGUAUAAAUCUAUAUAAAUAUAUACCCUAACCCAAUGAAUUUUAUAUUUUCCAAGUGUAUUUGCAUGAUGUUAAUGUGAGUGCUGAUGUGUGGGAGGCUUUGGACACUGAGAGAGAAGAGCUCCGAUCCACGACAAAGGAAAGAAGGUGGCAGAGUUUCUGUCGGCCUCUCUCUCUUGGAGACAAAAUAAAAAGGGAACUGUUCGUGCCCAGCUAACCUGCUUCACUAUAUAAUGGACAUCUUCCUCACACGUGAGUCCUUUUGAGCAAAAACAAAAA